AUGAGGAAAUUCGGCAGCCAGUACGACCGUUGGCCAGCGAGAAGAGCUGUUUUCGACCGGCUAGGGGCACGAGGCCCCAGUACCUCGGCAGGCCACAAGGACGGAGCCGCUCCUAGGCCGAUGAAGACUUUCAAACCACCGGUCGUACAGGAUGACCGUUGGUAUCAUGCUCGACCUAGGGCCAGCGCCGAACCUCUGACAAAAACCCAGCUGAGAAGGAUGCAGAGGCAAGCUCUGCAGGCCAGGGUACAGACGGCCCAGGUCGAGGGGUUAAAACGCCAAAACUAG